CUCGUUAUUAUCUCCUACUCUGUCUCCUCGUUCAUCUCCCCAUCUUGAAUUCUUGAUCCACUUAAUGGCUAGGGCGGUGGCCUAGCUGCUCUUCUCCUACUAUAUAUUCGUCGCUUCACGUCUGUGUUCCGCCGUUCCCCCAUGGACCCUCGCCCUCAUCGCCUCUCGUCCGUGUUCCGCAUCGCAGUUCGUCGGCGCAAUGGAAAAGCAUAAGCAGCUGGCCUCCAAGUCGAAGACAACCUCUGGUUCUGGCGCGUCGGCGCCGCUGCAGUCAGCGAUUGUCUCAACGGCGGGAAAGCCUCCACGAGCUCAACCUGCACGUGCACGUCGACCACCGACCAGCGAUGUUCAAGCAGAGGGAGGGGAAAUCAGUGAUGUUGGUGAUGAAUCGGAAGAUGAAUGGAUAGAGGUUGAUGAUGACUAUCAAGCAAUUGACGAGGCAGAGAAGAUUGAUAUGGAUGAUGAAAUGUCCGAGCCAUCUCUUGGAUUAGGUGAUGGCCAAAAUGACAAUGAAUUUGAAGAGGUCAGAUCCAUUGAGAUGCCAAAGAAAGCAGGGAAAAGAAAAACCACACAAGUUGCUGAUGGUAAGGCCAAAGUGAAGAGAACCAAAGCUAAGCGUUCAGAGUGUUGGAAGUAUUUCAAAGAGGUCAAAGCUGUACCGAAGAAGAGGCCGGGUGAAGUUGUUAAAAAGGCGAAGUGCUUGCAUUGUUUUGAGUUGUUUGCUUAUGGUGGAGGGUCAACUACUAGUCUCAAUAGGCAUAAAGAUGCUUGCCCAAUCAUACUGAACAAGAAAGAAAAACUUCUGCGUCAAGGUACAAUUGGAUUUGAUCCCGAAAAGCCAGGUGCAUCUCUUAUAGUGAAUAAUGAAUAUGAUCAUGAAGAGUGUCGUAAGAUCAUAGCGAAGAUGAUAAUUGUGCAUGAGUAUCCUUUUAGGAUGGUAGAGCAUGCUUGGUUUAAUAUCCUCAUGAAUUAUAUGAAUGCAUCAUACAAGUUCAUUGGUAGAAAAACUAUUAGAGCUGAAUGCAUGAAGUAUAUUUAUCUGAAAAAGAAAUUCUGAAGAAGCAACUCAGGUCUGUUGAGAGCAUUAGUUUGACAUGUGAUUUAUGGACUUCAAACCAGAAUCUGUGCUACUUAGCUUUGGUUGCUCACUACAUAGAUGAUGAAUGGAAUAUGCAAUCUCGUGUUCUGAAUUUCAUAGAGUUAGAUCCACCACACUCAGGCAAUAUCAUAGCUCAAGCAGUGUUUGAAUGUUGCCAAGAAUGGAAAAUAGAAGAUAAGAUCAUGACAAUGACCAUGGAUAAUGCUUCCUCGAAUGAUGUUGCUGCUACGAAUUUGACAGGUCGUUUCAAAGCUAGGAAAUCAGCAAAAUUCAUACCUAAGUACUUUCAUGUUCGUUGUUGUGCACACAUAAUCAAUUUGAUUGUGAAUGAUGGUAUUGCACCGCUGGAACCUUUGUUUGGCAAGCUUAGAGAGACUGUCAAAUACUUGAAAAAGUCUCCAUUACGCAUGAAAAAUUUCAGAGUAGUUUGUGAUUCUCUCAAGGUUGAUGUUGAGA